GGUGCCAGGAAGAGAAGGCAAUGUACCGUUCGAGAAGCAAGCUCUUUCGUUACUUUGUGAUCAAUGGAUUGCUGAUAUGCUUGUUAUACGGAGCUACAGAAGCAAUUGUUGGAGUCGAUGAGUGUCAGGCAACGCGUGUGAUACACUUCCUUCAAUAUCCAGGCUGUGUUCCGAAGCCGAUUCCCAGUUAUGCGUGUAGAGGACGAUGCAGUAGUUAUCUGCAGGUGUCCGGGUCCAAAAUGUGGCAAAUGGAGAGGAGCUGCAUGUGCUGUCAGGAAAGCGGCGAGAGAGAGGCUAGUGUGUCCUUGUUCUGUCCACGGGCGAAACCAGGGGAGAAGAAAUUCAGGAAGAUGGUCACCAAGGCGCCGCUGGAUUGCAUGUGCAGACCGUGCACCAGCGUGGAAGAGUACGCGAUAAUACCCCAGGAGAUCGCAGGAUUCGCCGACGAGGGUCCCUUCACAACAUCUGCGCAUUUCAGAAGAGCCUCUGGCUUACAAUAGACGAGCACGAGUGUCGUUCGCGAGGACGCAAUCUCAAAAAAUCGCGCGUGCUAUACGAAAAACGCCAAUAUAUUUGAUUUCGCGCAUAUGUAUUAUGAAAACUAAUAAAGAGAAU